GCAAUGCGCACUAGAAAGAAUCCAUGAAGAAAUGGAAAAGCAGGAUGUUGGAGCAGUCUCUGACUGCAGGACAGCAAUGAAGGACUCUUCUGAUGACGUGAGAAAAGUCCAAAGGAGGGAGAAGAAUCGUAUCGCUGCCCAGAAGAGCCGCCUGAGGCAGACUCAGAAAGCAGACACACUGCACUUGGAGAGCGAAGACUUGGAAAGGCAGAACGCUGCCCUGCGCCGGGAGAUCAAGCAGCUGACAGAGGAGAUGAAGCACUUCACCUCGAUGCUGAGCUCCCAUGAACCACUCUGCUCCAUCCUGACAUCCCCUCCACCGCCUCCAGAAGUGCUUUACGCCACACACUCCUUUCACCAGCCCCACAUUAGCUCCCCACGCUUCCAGCACUGAGCUGGAAGUAGGACGACAGCCUGCCAGCUCCACUGAUGGCAAGAAGUAACUUCGUGGGGCUCACUUUUCCAUCCAAGGGAAGGAAUUGGACAAGUGGACAUUCCUUCUUAAAGUGUGUACUCUGAGUGACUUGCCUAAGACUUACUUCCUGUACAGAAAUGGCAGAGCCACCACAAAGCAUCUUGGGACAGUUUCCAGCUUGGAUCCUGAGAAGAGGAGGCAGUCACAAAAGGGCACCAACCCCCUUCUGUGGUGCUUGUUUGGGCACACUCACAAGAGCGUGCAGCACCGACAGCCUCCAUAAGAGUGGCUGGAUGUGACAUGCAACAGCCGGAGCUACAGGAAGAGGAAUGGGAGCAGGGGUGGAGGAGGUUGGGGGCCACAGAGUAUCAGGGAAAAACUGGUUUAUUUUUGUAAAAUAAAGAUUGAAAAUUCUUAACUCUUUGUUUCCAAAA